CUGGCGACUCAAGUGCAUCAGUCGCUCUACCGCACGUUGUUAACUUGGAUUCUGUAAAACUAUUGUAAAGAGUUCUAAAAGAAUAAUAGUACAAUGAGCAUUUCUGUGAUUCAGACAAUCAAACAGCAUGAAGGCGAGAGAAGAGGCCACGGAUAUCGGCCGGCUCGAGUCCACGAUCACCUAUACGACCCAGUACACACAGUCUCGUGUGAAAAGGACCAUGCUCGGGCCAACUUUAGGGCACAUGCAUCACUUGACCGAUUGAAGAGAGUUCCAGAGUACAAGACCAUGUUUAGCAGUUUGCCUCACCAUCCUCGCUUCACUCUGAGGCUGGAGGCUUCAGAUCCGGUGCCAUCUUUCAUAGACCGCCGCUGGAGGGGAAGGGUGGAGCAACGGAAAGAAGCUCUUCAGAAAUUAGUCGAAUAUAAUCCAGCUUUCAAAAGUCUAAAUAUAUAUGAAAAACCUGAUGUAUCAGGAAUGAAUCGCUGGAAGUAUUUUAAACGCCCUCUUAUACCAUACCUGCAUCAAGUCCUUCCAAAUGUCGUUCUUGCUGUGUCAAAUGCAGAUUCAUAUGUGGUCCACGAGAAGGGGAAGCCUCCUAUACAAUUAGUGCGGAGUGUCGGCAUUCAAACAGAUUACAGAGACAGUGAGACCCAGACUGAUCCCUACUCUCCUGAGUAUGUCGUCCGACCAGGAUCGGCCCCAGAACUUCUCACUCUGGCCAGCCUAACUUGGGGUCGGGGAUUGCCAGCAGGCUGGGAAGAAGUGAAGAUGAUCACACGUGCCCGAGAAAAGCGGGCAUGGGAAGCAUCUCUCCCUCCUUUAAAUGAUUUAUCUCAGCUGCAGAAGCGUCGAAAAAUGAUGGACGAAAUGGAAAGAAAGGAGUGGGCUUUUCGAGAAAGGGAAAUUGAGAAGUUGCAAGAGAUCCGUCUGAAAGUGCUACAGCAGCUGCUUAAAGAGAGGGAUGCUAAGCAACGUGAAAUUCAAGCAACACGGAUGGACAAUCGGUGGAAGCUGCUACAAGAAGAGAAAGAAAAGAAACUGACAGAAAUACACAAAGGCCACAUUAGAGCUAUCAGAAGAAUCACUGGAAAGAUGAAAAAUGUUGAAGGGAAACGAGAAAAACAUGAUGUGAUUGCUGAAUAUGCUAACUAUGGAUCUCAGAUAUAUGCCCCUCUUUCUCGAACUGGGUUAUUUCCAGAUCGUGAUUCUGAGAAAUAUGUUGUGAAAAGUAACUUCCUUAAUACAUACGAAGGUUUAUUGGAGCUGGAAGCAUCUCUUCCAGAUUUUGUUACACAGCCACGGAUAAAAGUUCCAAAGCCUAAAGUAAUGACUGGAUAUAUCCGACGAACUGCUCGGCGUGAAAUGGAGUUGACAGAAAUGUACCAGGCAAUUAAAAUGAAGGACAUGGUAGUACCCGAGAAGAAGCCACUGAGAUUUCUCGUGAAGAUAGAAAAGCCUGUGCCACGCCCACCUACUCCAGGCGUCCAACCACCACCUGAGGGAGAGGAGGAGAGAGAGCAAGCUGUAAUCUGUCUUCAGAAAUUAAUAAGAGGAAGAGCUAUUCAAAACAUGAUGUUUGAAGGCAAAGAGAAAAGAAUUGAACUGAUUCAAGAGCUUCGGACCACACAUGCCUUGCAAGAGGACAGACAGCUUAUUAAGAAAACGGAGAAGCAAGUCAUUCUGGCAUUACAACGGCAAAGAGAGUUGCAUGAACACAAGGUGUCAACAGCUGAAGGUCAUAGGGCAAACAUAGAAGGUGGUCUUCUGGCAGAUUUAUUUGAUUACCUCUCCAAGGAAUUGAUUCGACUGCAGGAGGAACGGCGCAUACAUGCACUUGCUGUGCUGGCAGAGCGAGACCGUCGGUUAAGGGAGGCAGAAGAGAGUGGUCUCCGGCAACUAGAGGAGAGGCGGAGAAGGGAGGAAGAUGAGAUUUUUAAACAGGUUGUGAGGGUGCAUCAAGAAACAGUAGACUGUUAUUUAGAAGACAUCAUUUUUAGCAACCUGGAAAGUACAGCCGACGAGCAAGCAAGAGAGGAGAUACACAAGGUGGCUGAAGAGAUAAAUAAUAUUGCCUAUGCAAUGGAGGAAACCCGGACACGCCUUCAGUCAGAAGAAAUUGUUGCAGAACUGGUGUACAGUUUUCUCAUUCCAGAAGUGCACAAAAUCACAUUCCGAGAAAAAGUAAAACAGUCGCAGCUCAAGCACUUACGUGCUGCCCGUGAAGUGGUGCGCAGUGUGAUUCAGAAUGGGCAGAAGGUGCCAGAAGUUGUAGAAGAAGAAACGGGAAGACCCUCAGAAGCUCCUACAGGAACACAGUAAUAGAUCAUUGUAUCAAUCAGAGUGCAUCACUCUGGCCAUCCAGUGAGUCUUCAUUUCUGCUGUCUCCAGGAUUUUCAAGUUCAUGAUUCAAAUUAUACUGUAAAUUCUAUGAAGUAUUCCACCACACCCUGAGAGAAACAGUUUGAAAAAUGACAGCUCAUUGAAUCUGAUAAAACCUUUGUUGUCCCAGCCAUUAAUUGAAAUUUUCAUAGCUUGGAAACAUCUGGAGAAGAUAUUUUCUUUUUCAUUAAUUUUAUUGUUUGUAACAGCCUAAAACUUGUGUUUUCUCUGGGUUUAAAUGACCUGUCACAGAAAUGUACAGAUUUAAAAUGAUUCUGCACAGUUUAAUUUAAAACACAUGAAGAUUUAUUCAAUCAAGUCAGUGUAUGCUUUAAAAACAGAACUUGGUGUAAUGCAAUAAAUAUGGUAAUGACCUUUCCAGAAGGAAUCAGUGAAAUAUAUUAAAUUCGAGCCAAUUUUAUUUAUAAAACAUUUAUAAUAAUUAAAGAAUUUUUAUAUAUAUAUAUUUAAUAUAUAUAUUAAAUGCUAAGGUUUGUAUUUGUAUGCCACAUGAUUACUUGCAAACUACUGGACCUUCGGCUUAAUUGAAAGCUAAUGAUGUGAUUGAUAUGCACUG